CACUCUGCUCCUGCUCCUCCCCCACACACACACCCCAUAAGAGGAGGGGGAAGCCAGAAAGGGAAGGUUCCUCUUUCUCUAGCAGCUAUUUAAGCUGCUAGCAUCUGGGAGCACUCAGACUCGUCCGCCCACAAUCACCAUGGACAGGAUGGAGGUGACGGAGACCUUCGCUGGCAUCUCCUUGCCUGGCCACUUGCACACAGAGGAGUCCCUGCGCUUUGCCAGCAGCUUCCAGUUCCGAGACACAGAUGUCGUCAUUGUCACCUACCCCAAGUCUGGCACCACCUGGAUGCAGGAGAUCCUGACCCUGAUCCACAGCAAGGGGGACCUGGAGCCAGCCAAGACCAUCCCGAACUGGGCCAGAGCCCCCUGGCUGGAGCAUACGUACUUCAAGGACAUGCUGCAAGAGACCAGCGGGCCCCGCCUCAUCACCACACACCUCCCCUGCCAGGUCCUGGCCCCAACGCUGAGGAAAUCCAAGGCCAAAGUGAUCUACAUGGCCCGGAACCCCAAGGACGUUGCAGUUUCCUUUUAUCACUUCCACAAGAUAGCCAAGUUCCUACCAGACCCUGGCUCCUUUGAGGACUUCCUCGUCCGCUUCCUGGAAGGCACAGUGCAGUACGGCUCCUGGUUCGACCAUGUCAAGGGCUGGCUCAGCCAGCGGGCCGAGCUGGAUCUCUUCUACAUCACCUACGAGGACCUGCACCAGGAGCUGGGGCGCUCGGUCGAGCGGCUCGCUGAUUGGCUGGGCUGCCCGCUGCAGCCGGAGGAGAGCAGAGCAAUCCAGCAGCACUGCAGCUUCUCCUCCAUGCGCGAGAAUACGAUGGUGAACUACACGCUCAUCCCCUGCGAGAUCAUGGACCACAGCCGGGGCAGGUUCAUGCGGAAAGGGAUAGUGGGAGACUGGAGAGACCACUUCACCCCGGUGCAAAACAUGCACUUCCACAAGAUCUACCAGGAGGAGAUGCAGGAUUCCAGUCUGCGCUUCCGCUGGCUCAUGGACUGAUGUGGGGGCUGCACUGGCGAGGGGCGUGGCUAACAGGCAGGGCAGGGGCUUUGUCCACGGUUGGGACUCGGGGAACAAAAUUCUAAGCUACAUAUUUUGUUGGGCAAUGUGUGCUGGGCCCCCCACCAGCCAGCCCCAGCCAGUGGAGAAGGCUGUGCCAGUCACAGCCCUAGGGAGGUGAUCAAGGCCCCUGGCUUCUCCUGGAGGCGGCGGGGGGGGCACACAAAAGAUUGGCUGGAACAUCGUGGGGGGGGAUGCACUGGUCACAGCCUGGGUCACAAGCCCGCGCCCUGCUGAAUGUUACCCCACACACAGCUACAAGCACCAUUCCCCAAUCCUUCUCAAAAGUGAGCGCCCGCCAGGCUGCCCAUCUCUGCCCCAACCUAGGCUGUGCCACAUCCCCCUGAUGGGGGAUGUUGACUCGGCCCAGUCACUCCCUCCCUCCUCAGACUUUGCAAAACACCCACUGUGACCAAAAACGGAAGCACCGGCCCCAGGGUAUGGGGAGGGACACAGCUUUCGCAGCCAGGCCACAAUUCCUGUGAAUCAAUCACAAGGUUCUCGUCUUCAAGCCAAGAUAAGCUUCAGAAUAAUAGGUGACUCUUGCCAGAGGAUAAGCUGUAUUUAUAUAUAAGAAGGCAGCAGAUUUCCCCUCAGGCUGGCUGGCCCAUUGGCCCAAGUGGCAGCCCUUGGACCAGUGCAAACCAGCCUGCAGGCCCUGCAUAGCCAGGGGGUUUAAGUAGGGUGACCAGAUGUCCCAAUUUUAUAGGGACAGUCCUGAUUUUUAGGUCUUUUCCUUAUAUAGGCUCCUAUUACCCCCCACCCCCAUCCCAAUUUUUCACACUUGCUGUCGGGUCACCCUAGGGUUAAGACUUGUCUAACUGACACAGUUGUAUAUUAUGGUGACAGUGCUGAGCACACCCAGGAGGUGAGGGGUGUCACUCGCGCUAUCAGGGCUGGGGCUGGCCUUUGUAUUGGAGAGUUAAGUAUAAUUAUUGAAGGUUUUGUUUA